AUGGGAAACGCAUAUAGUAAUUAUGCUUCAUCGAGAGAAUCAUCUACAAGUUCAAAUAGUUCAAGAACAUCAAGAACCACGUUAGGAGAAAGUGGGAAAGCACAGGUUUGUUUAUUAUUGUUGAUGUUUUGUGUUUAGGAAGGUUAGAAACACAUAAAAUGAGUAUUUUUAAAAUAAGAUUAGGCGUUAAGUACGUUAAUAUAUUGUUGAUGGGCUUAAAUUGACUGUUCGAAAUGGUACAUUAUCGAUAAUUCUACUAAAUCAUAGAUUUGUGAUUUGUAAUUCCAUGAUAGCCUUUACGAAGUUUUUUAGAAUGUACGAAGAGCUAUUUUUAAUCAUUCUACUGCUAUCUCGAAUAGUGGUUCAAGAAGACGACGUACAACAUCAGAAGCCCCGACUCCAGAACCAAUGAUUAAGAAGGCUAAACUAGACACUCCUACGUAUCUUCAUCAGAAGUUGUUUGUGGAAGGUCUCAAGUCAGAUGUAGUUAUCAAAGCUUUAGAUAAAACGUGGCGUCUUCACAAGAUAUAUCUAGAACAAUGUGAUUACUUUUCUGUUUUGUUCAGUGAGCGAUGGGGAACGCCGGAAAAGAACAUAUACGAGCUGGAAGUGGUUGAUUCGAGGGUCAAUGUGAAAGGUAAGAAUAUCUUAUUAUAACGUUAAGUUUAUAUUUUACCUUUUUGACUUUUCUUUAUUUUCUUGAGUUAUUUGACUGAUAAUUACAGGAUUGGAGAAUGUCUUCGCUUCAUUGUACAAGAAUGAAAUUGAAAUAGAUGUUGAGAAUGUGUCUGGAGUUUUAGCAGCAGCUUCUAUGUUAAAUUUGGUAUGUUUUGAACUGUUAUUUUUUACAUAAUACUACUCAUGGCAGUCAUUAGUCGUUCACUGAAAUUAUAGGUAUACUUUUUAUUGUUUAGGUAGUAGUGAUUGAUCGGUGCGACGAUAUCAUGGCUGAAAGCUUAUCUGAAGACAAUAUUUUGAAUUUCUUGGAGUUAUCAGAAGCGUACGGUUGUACUAAAACAAGAGAAGCAUCAAUGUUAUUAUUGGAGAGGUUGUUUUGGAAGUUUAGUCAGAAAACGACAUUUUUGGAGAAACUAACAUACGAUCAUUUGCUGGAAAUAUGUUGUCGUAGAGACCUAUGUAUAUGUGAAGGAGAGAAAGAUUUGUAUCAUGCCAUCAGAAGGGUAAGUUUAUGAUUUUAUUAUUUUCAAGGUUAAUAUAUUGAAAAAAUAUAAAAGAGGUUGAUUGAUCUUCUUUUUUAGGUACAUAUCUUUACUUUUUAACUUUCACAUUUUUUUGGUUUUUCAUCAACUUUUUUUGUUUUAGUGGUUUUAUAUCAGAGGCACGAAGCAGUUGGAAUGUACGGACUCAGAGAUGUGCAAGUACUUCAACUCUCUGCCCUCUGGUCACUUUUACAAGUAUCAUUUACUUCUGAGGAACAUCAGAUUCCAACACAUGAUUACGUCAAAGAGAACGAUGGAAAAGCUGAAACAUGAUCAUUUACUAGGGACGGAUAUGUUAGACUGCAUGAUGAAGGACCUAUGGAAUACUUUAUUGGUUAAUGAGGACAAGAAUGAACUGUAAGUUUUGUUUAUUUACAAAGUCAUUAGUAUUAAUGUUGCUGUUUUAGUCCUGCCGAAGUAAAAGACGACUUCUUCUACUCACAUUGUCGCAGGUUGGGGAGACAUUUGGACGAAGGAAAUGUGAGUGAUUUGGUGAAGCUUUGACUUUUACAAAACGUUAUACGUUAGUCAGAAUUGUAAAUUAUGCAGAGUUUUAAAUCGAAUCAUUUACAGAAGUGUUGGAGAUGGGCUGGCUACGACUUCGGAUUAGAUUUGGUGGUCAGGUGUCAGUUCAAGACUAUUUAUUUGAUACGAAACUUCUCGCGAGAUCACGGACUGUUUCAGUUGUCAGUCAGACCAAAGUGCAGGAUACAUUACAGGUAAAGUACAAUUGUCUUAUUAAACUGUUUAUGUCAUGUAAUUAAGGAAAUACUGUUAUUUAUUUUAGAACGUAUGUUGUAAAAUAUGUGGAUGAAGUGUAUACUCAAAAGAGUUGUAGGAUUUGUUAAGCAUUUCUAUAUAAUUUAUGUAAUUUGCUUUUUCAGAAUGGUUAUAUUGAGCAACAGAGGCGAAGUGCUGCUGGACAGUGGGAGAAAGAUGUGUGUAUUGGCUUUGGAUGAGGUAGACCAUUUCCUUCAGUAUAAUAAAUUCAUUUUUAGAAGGAAGUUGUUGGCCAAGUAACUGGUGAACUUGAGAAUGUAUCAAUCCAUCUGUUUUACCUGGCUGCGGUGCCAGGACCAGCUUCAGAUUCAUAUUGGGAGACGGUCGAAGGUACAUCAUCUACGGAAGAGCCCAACUCUGAUGAAAGCAGUGUCUACCACGACUCUCCGGAUUCAGAAUCCGCAGAGUCAAUGAGUUCGGAAUGA